AUGGCUGAACACACCCUUCAUCACUCUUUGGCUUGGGAUGUUGGCACUGGAAAUGGUCAAGCUGCUCUUGAUGGUAGUUAUCACUCUCUUUUCUUCUUUUCUGCUGCUGAGCAUUAUGAGCAAGUGAUUGGAACUGAUGUAAGUGAAGCCCAGUUAAAACGUCCACAUCCACUGGUUCGAUAA